GCUGGCUGCACUGUAUGAGCUGAAGUUGCUUACUUCAGAGCGCAAAGACAUGCUCGAGGCUGUUUGAACGAUGAGCGAGGUUAAGUUUGGUUAGAAAUUUUUCCUGGGGAAGCUGUCACUCUCGCGUAAAUGAUAAAUUUGAAUUGUUUGUAUCUAAUAAAUUAUGAAUGCUAGAUCUAUAAUCUAUAAUGAAUACGUGAAGAAAUAUAAUUCUCUUGCCAAUUGUGAUGUUAAGGCAUAUUUCGUGAUAAUAAAGUCGGUAAUCGUACGUGUAAGUUGAAGAGAUGAAUUUGGGUUACACGAACCAUUGGGUGCCAGUUGAAAAUACGGUUUACGAAAGGCUAGUGGAUAAUUCAUUAUUACACACAUUGACAUUGGAUAAGAAAAUCCUCAAGCAAACAAAAAUCCUGAAUUCUAAGUUGAAGAGAAGACGAAAUCUACGCGAGUACAAACAGUUCGUGUUCUUCAAGAGAAAAUCCGUUGAAGAGUUCAAGGAUAGCCAGGCUGAAACGGAUGAUGAAUCAGGUCUAGAUCAUGAAUCUUAUAAAAAAAUACACACUGAAAUAUCGCGACGUCAAUUACGCACAUUCCUUAAGUCGUGCGUGCGGAAACCACCAUCACACACGAAGAAAAAGUCUCCACAAGUCACCUCAAAAUUACGAAAUAAAUCUUCAUCGCACUCAAAAUCUUCCAGAUCUCGUUCAGCAGCAGAAGUUAGAAGUUAUUCGGGAGAAAAUAUUUGCAAGUAUCUGCUUCCAUCUCGACGAAAAGUACCAACAAUUGAAUGCAAAGCAGAAUCACCGAGCCAAGAAAUAAUUUCUUUUCCAAUUAAUAGCAAUAUCAAUGAAGACAAUGUUCAAACAGGUGAUGAUGCACUGAAGAAAGUUGAAGAUAAUAAAGCUACCAGUCUCCAGAUCGGAACUGUUGAUAGCAUCAGGUUGGAUUCCAAAUGCGAACUACCCGUAAUCUACGACAACACAGCAGUAAAUUCUCUGAAAUUCAAUAAUAAUUCUCACAAGUCUGAUAAUCGGGAGCCAGACAAGCAUGAAAUGAAUACCACUGUUGAAGAUAAUGUAAAAACAUCAAGGACAGCUUCAAAAUGCCUAAACAAUUCGAAAAUGGGUAUUUCAGCACUUCCAGUAGAUACUUUUGCAAUGAAUGGAGAGAAGAUUAAAGAGAACAUCGAUGUUAAUCUCAAAAGUGAUAUUGACAAACCCGCUGACAAUCUGGACCGAGAUUCUGGUAAUAAUAGCUUUUCUGAUACCGAUGUGUUAGAUGAUCAGUACAGAAUAAGACCUAAAAAUAGCAUUCCUGAAGAUGGCUGUAAUGAUGGGACAACCACCGAUGAAGAGAUUUCAAAUAAAACUCAAGAGAAAAUUGUUACAAUCAAACCUGAUGAGGCCACAAAUGCUGCCAUCUUAUGCGAAGACUUGAAUACUUCGCAGUCAGAAUUACAAUGUGAGAUUCCUUUCAAAAAUGAAAAACUACCUGAUAGCAACUUGGAUAAUGAGACAAGCCUAGGGCUCGGACUCAGCGAAAACCAAGAUGAGAAUUUAAAAGAUGAAUUUCAUAUCGAGAGCAUCCCAAAGAAUGGUAGAAAUAAGUCGAAAAUAUUAGCAAUUGACCAUUAUAAAAAAGGAUAUGAAUCUUUUAAUGAGUGUCACUCUAGAAAAUUGACUAAACUUCGGACCAUAAGUGACUCUGACUGUGCGAUAUCGAAACACGUGAACAAGUUUGUCGAAACUGUAUCACCUUCAGAAUAUGAGGAACCAUUGAAUUCGUUGGUGGAUACUGAGGAUUGCUCCAAUAUAUUGACGUCUACUCGACAGAAUGUGAACAAAUUUAGAGAAAGCCAAUUAAUAUCAGCAGACGAAGACCAAUCACAAAGUGAUGCUUUCUCUGAGAGGUGUGCAUCAUCGGAAAUUCAGUCACAAAGGUUAAAUCGAUCAUUGAAUAACAGCAUUUCGUCCUGUUUUAAUAGAUCAUAUGAUGAGGAUGUAAAAAAUACUGUUAAACAGCAAUUACUUUCGGAGAUCAAAAACAGAUUGAUGGAUAAUCAACACAAUGUUAAGAAUAAAUCAGUAUCACCAAGUGAAGAAUUAUUUUCCGCUUCCAGUCAAAGACGAAAGAACAUCAACGAAUCAACCAAUGAACCAUUCAAAACUAGGAAUGCACAGUCGUCAAAUGCCGAUGAUUCUGUUAAAGAAUAUAAUUCAUUGAAAGUUAUUUCACAGAAUACGAACAAGCGUUCAGUUCUCGGAGAGGGCUUGCUUUCUUCUAAGUCUAAACGUGCCAAAAGACGAAUUGUAAACAGUGAUACAGAUCAUAAUCUCUCCGUAAAUUCAUCUUGUGCAAGCAAACAACCCCGACAAUGUACUAAUGAGCAAUAUGGAAUUAUUCCGCAUGAGCACGAAACUCCAGGAGAUUCUUCGAACCAAUUGCAAUCCGACAAAAGUAAAGAAAUUGCGCACUCAACGAAAAAAAGGCACAGGCCACGAAAUUUACAAGAAUUUGCUGACAUAGAAGCUGUGGAACAGGAUACAACAAAGGCUUACUUCCGAUUGAAGGACAUCAGCGACGAUGAUGAAAUUUGGAUUAUGGAUGUUCCAAAUAUGAUCAAUCCAAAAGAUCUUGAAAGUCAAACUAUCCUACUUGGAGGGAAGAGUGUUUUGAAAUUCGGAGAUGACUGCUACAAAGUUUCAAGCAAACCUAGCAAGGGGGUUUGCAAUCUGUCCUGUGUUUUGACCACAAGCAAGCGGAAAAACGACUAUAAAAUCCUUAAUAUCCGAUCUAAAGGCCAUAUGAAGUUUCGUCAGAAGAUCUCAGUUAUGUCUGAUUCGAACUUAGUUCCUUCCGAACUGCCUUCUCCAAAAACAGCUGUUCCGUUUCCGAAAAAUUUGAAGAUAAGACAUCCACUUUUCGGUGCAACUUAUGAAGAUAAAACCUGAUGAGUACCAAAAACAAAAACUAUACAGAUUAAAUUUACAAAGUACAUUUUUAAUAUGUUUACCAAAAUUUUAUUUGCAUCCGGGUUUUUUCCAAUUUGCUGGUACAUUAUUGUGUAAUAUAUGUACAUAUACAUAUUUUUUUAUUGUAAUAAAUUGAAGAUCACAUUUUAAUUCGGUAUUUUGGAACUAAAAUAUUAUGAAAGUUUAUACAGGAAAAAAGGUGAAUAUCGUUAUUUAGAUUGACAAUGAGUGUUUAUUUAAAUCUACUGGAUUAAACGGUUUAGGUUUGAUGUACUAGAAAAUUGGAUACAAAUAUUGGCAUUGUUUACAUUGAUACUCAGAAUAUGUCAAAACUAAAAUUGUUUACAUCAUACUUCAGAAAAUCACCACUGAAACAUUGGAUUACGAAAUUACAGAUCUUAUUGUCU